GGGACCUUCCGGUGGGCAAUGAACUCACCUGCAUGACUUGACGUCCCCCAGUUAAAGUAAAAAGUGUCCAAGAGGAAGUUUUCGCAGAGCAGAAAGAAUCGCUGCGGAGUACAGAGGCAGACCGCUGGCUUGAAAUGGCGUCUAUUCGUCGACAAAUCCCUUACACUUCAAAAGCCCCUGUCAGACAGGGAGUAUACAGCCAAUCUGUGGUUGUGGACAGAACGAUGUACAUCUCGGGUCAGCUGGGGAUGGAUGUGGCCUCAGGUCAGCUGGUAGAUGGUGGGGUGAAGGCUCAGGCCAAACAGGCUCUGGUCAAUAUGGGGGAGAUCCUGAAAGCUGCUGGCUGUGACUACACCAACGUGGUGAAGACGACUGUUCUGCUCGCUGACAUCAACGACUUCAACGGCGUCAAUGACGUCUACAAAACAUUUUUCAGCAGUAAGUUCCCAGCCAGAGCUGCCUACCAAGUUGCUGCUCUCCCCCGAGGGGGGCUGGUGGAAAUCGAGGCGGUUGCCGUCCUCGGUCCCCUCUCAGACGCCUGACUAGACGGCCACAUCACAAACAAGUUGUAGUCUAACCGUCACGUGACCAGCGGAAGCCUUCAUGUAUUUCCAGAUGAAACGUAAACGGCCAAACUAGGAUGUAAUGGUGAAUGUUGACUGUUUAUCUAUGACCAGUAGUCUCACAUUCCCUGGUCACAGUGGCCAAGUCAACCUCUGCUUUACUCCAGAGGAAUGUGAGAAGACAUUAUAAAAGUGCAGAUCUCACUAAUAAACAACAGUACAGUACAACCUA